CUGCUCUGACCUACUGUAUCAAAUAUCUAUCGAGAUAAGUAUACAGUGUUUAUACACAAUUGAGAAAUCAUUACUUAGUCAUAGAAAGACACAAGUAUGGCUAACUACCUUCGAACAAGGCUGCAUUUUCUUAUCGGUCUGGCGGGCUUCUUGGUGUUUUGUUUUGGUAUUUUCAUCUUGGCAUCAGCCCUGAAGAUAAGAAAUAUCCUAACUGGAGAGUUGAAACGUUUUACUGGUUUUGGGUCUAACACUUGUCAAUAUUGGGCUGGAAUACCAGUAAGACUUUGCACUAUUUGUAAUCACAAAGCUGUCUCAGUUAAGUAAUCUAAUCACAUUUCAAUCGCGGUGUUUUUCUGAUUCUGAGCGUUGCUAGGAACAUUAUACGAUGUAGUUACUGUAUAUAUUGCUGCUUAAUUAAACUGGCUGUUCGACAUACGCGGUUGUUUCAGCAUUAUUUUUCUUUGCCAAAGAGCCUUGCUCCAACUUUCAAAGCUUCGUGUGUGCGGUCGUCAAGGAAAACUUUACAAGUGUACAAGAAACACUUCUACUUUUUAAUCUGUGACGCAGUGCAAUUUGUCGUGUACAUUGAACAAUGGUCGUGUGCGAUUCCGUAUUCCAAGUUACGUGUGCAAAAUACUGCUAGUGCUGACACCAUGACUUCCUCUUCGUUCAGUUUAUACAAUACAAAGAAAUUUCAAAUGCAACUACUUGACGCGAACUUAUUCGAUUAAAUACGAAUCGUACACGACAGUGCUGAGGACAUUUUUAACAUGCGCUGCGCUUCAACUGAAACAAUAAACAUGCGGUGCUUGAUUGACGGGACGGGGUAUGCUCAGUAAUGCAUGAUUCCCAGCUAUAGGCCCCUACAGACGAAAUUUUGAUCUGGACAAGAAGAACGAAAACCAUUACCAUAGCUGGAAAGAGCAUCUUAAAAUGAGUAAAAUUGCGAAGUUUGGUUGCGAAUUGUUGUAAAAUGAGGAAAACUUAGCCUUGUGAAGUUCGCAAAUUUUGUAUAUAUUUGUAUUGCGCGCGUGAAAAAUAACCAUUUUUGAGACGAAAGUGGUUAUUUUUACCGCGCGUAAUACAAAUAUAUACAGAAUUUGCAAACUUCACAGUUCAUCAUCUUACAACAUAUAUCUAUAGCUGGAAUACCACCCAUUGGAUACAUUUUUUUCUUAAUUUAGACAAUUCUUACAGGAGGUGUUUUGGUCCUGACAGCGCGCUUAAAUAAACGCCAGUUCUUGGUAAGCCCUAAGAUUUUUUUCACAAAUAAAUACCUAUAUAUAAUUAUUGCCAGUACCUACAAAUACUGGUCGACUAGGCACGUAUAAAAAGCUGUUCCAGAUCUUGUAUAACAAUGUUGUUGUGAGGCCGAUAUCAGGAUGUGUUGGCACUGCUUGUUCCCAUUUGUUGUGACAAGUUUGAAACAAGUUGUUAUCGCCGCCUUGUUACACGGUUGAUGACGGUAACAGACUUGCUACAAGUUGUUCUAACAAGAUUAAGAAAGGCUGUCCGUAACAAGUUGCUACGAGCUUGUUGUUAUCCACUUGUUAACCGGCAACUUGUUACGUGCUGACGUGCAGCCGAUAUCAGAUUUGUUGGAACAACUUGGUAGAGUCUGUUGACCUCAUCGCGACCUUGUUACAAGAUAACAACAACUUGUUGAAGGCUUGUCAACAACUGGGACAAGUGGUGCUGUAUACUGCAAGGCCGUAGCAACAGGGGGAGGGCUUCAGCCCCCCCAAUAAUUCUAAACAAGCGGUAUAUAAUCUGUAAAGUUUGAGAAAUAAUGACCUAAUAAAUGGCCUAACUACUCAGCAAUUUGCUUCCUACGAUAGUGCAUGUACUGUUUGGAGUAAAGAUAGCAAUAAUGAUAUGUUUAUGUAAAUAAUUCUUUCCUUCUUAUUUGAGGACCCUCAUGGAAAUCAUCUUUGAUGAUAAGACUUCCUCACAAAAGAUUGUUUUAAAAAAUAGAAAUAAAGAAAGUGCAUGCGAACAGUUUCAUAAUUCCAAGACCAAUCAAUUCCACAGCAGUUUCCAAGAAGAUAGUGUUAAGUUGUUUUACGAGUUUCCAAGAAUAUAGUGUUUAGCCUGGUUAUAGGUCAAAUUAUUUUCCAGAAAUACAUCAGCCUUUGCUGUGUGCUGAUUACAAUGGUCCUAGCACAGGGAGUAAUUAUAGUAGAAGGAUUCGAAGCUACAGCUAUACAUCGAUUUUUCAAAGAAGAUGAAUCAACCUGCGGAGAUUCUAACGAACGACACGAGCUCAAUAUCAAUCACGAUUGUGCCAAAUUUAAAGAAGCAUAUCGCUGGUAUUUUACGUUGGUAUUCAUAACUGAUAUUGUGUUGGUGUUGUGUUUCAUCGUCGUCCUCCUACUGUUGGCAGAUUGGAUUCUGUUUGUUGCACCGGUACGAAUUAUGUUAGUUUUAUGGAUGUUCCUAUUUUACAGGCACUGAAGUCAAAACUGAUAAAGUAACUGUAUAUAUAUUUUUGUGAAGUCAUUAGAAAAAUUUUAAGUUCAAAUAAUAUCAUUCAUUUAUUUGAAAUUCUUGAAGAGCAUUCGUUCUGAUAAGACGUUUCACAAACCAUUUACAACAUUCAUGUCCGUGUUGUAUUGGAGUUUGUAUAUCUGAUACAACAUGGCCGCGAAAUGUUGUAAAUAAUAACGCAUACAUCGGAUAACUGUAUAUCAGUUCUAAAUUGUUCUUCCAAAGACACCCAAUACGAGGGUUAUAGUGUCGAAAAUUUUGGCUUGCGAAAGCUGACAGAAAAUGUUUCGUGUCUCCCAGUGGUCACAUGCAGAAAAUAAGAAAUUUUAUCCAAUAAAAUUGAUUAUAAUAUAGCAUUUGUAAAUUCUGAACGCUGAUUGGAUAAGAGCCGUGUUGAUAUACCGUAUUUACUCGAUUGAGCGCCGCCCUCGAUUGAGCGCCGCCCCCGAAUAAGCGCCGCAUUUGAGAUCAAAUUUUUUUAAAGAGCGCCGCCCCCGAAUGAGCGCCGCACUAAACAGUGUAAAAACUUUCCACCGUGAAAAUGGAGACAUUUAGUGACGAAGACAUUUAAUACUUGUUUAUUUCAUUGUUAAAAGUUCUUGUUAUAAUUCACAAAUAAAAUAUUUUUAAAGAGCGCCGCCCCCGAAUGAGCGCCGCAUCUGAAGCUCUGAAAAUUUAAAGAGCGCCGCGGCACUCAAAGGAGUAAAUACGGUAACUCAAUGUCAACACGGGAAAUUUUCCGCCGCUUGUAAACACGGAAAUAUUUCUUAUCCUUCGGGCUUUUGACAUUGCUAUAUUAUAAAAAAAAUAUAAAACAUUUUUUCCGUAUUGAUAUAUAGUUAUUUCAACAUUCGCGGAAGUUGGGAAAACUCGAAAUUGUAUUAAAACACUCCGCCCUUCGGGCGUCGUGUUUCCAUACAAUUUCUCGUUUUCCCAGUUCCACUCGUGUUGAUAUAACUGUAUAUCAACACGGAAAAUGUUUUAUAUUUGUUAAAUGUAAAUUACUAAAUUGUGCAGUGUCGAAUUUUGAAAAUGUUUGUGUAUUUUCAGAAAACCCUACAACGCAACGAACACGCGGCACAUGAUCAUGAAAUUCCUCCACCGCAGCAGGAAAGAUAUUAUGUUGCUGUGCCUACAGAGAGAUACCAGCGGACUUGAAAUUCCCAUCACGAUCAGAGUACAAUACCAUUACACCCAGUGUAAAUGCUAAAAGCUGUUUAGUUUAGUUUAGUUUAGUUUACACGCGUAUCGAUCUUCCGAAAAUGGAACUAUCCCACUGGUCUAUAUACUACGGCCCUUCAGCGUUUGCUGCUUUUCAAGAGAUCGUUUUAUAUAAAACUAUAAAAUAUUAAAUAAUAAAUAUUUACACAAAUAAGUCAUGUUAGAGAAACAAUGGGCGCUUUCCAUUAACACGGCCAGACCGGUGAAAUUGUUGAAUGGAACACAAAACAUUUGGGCUUCGGACCUAUCUGACCGGAAAAUUUAGAUAACAUUUGAAUGAGGUCCAUUUUCGCUAGAUAUUUGAGAAACAUAGACCAGAUCUUUCCAUUGAUACAGAGAAAAGAAUUCGGGUCUGACCGGUCAGGCCAUAAAAUGAGGGCCCUGAAGGGGUAAAAUGGGAACUGGGAUUGAUCUAUUUUUAGACUGGGAAAAUGGGAUUUGGGUUGCUGGGACUGGAAUUUGGCCACUGGGAAUGGGAAAUGAAGUCCUCAAAAAUGGGAAUGGGAUCGAGGUAAUGUGAGUCGAUUCCCAAUUUUUCUGCGUUUUGAGUAUUUUAAAAUACAAUUUUGAUCCGUUUUUGGUGUCUUUGGCCAUAACUUUUGUUGUUAACUAUAUUAUUCACAGCAUCACCUGCGAACAGGCAUACUCUGGCACCCGGAAUUCUGGGUUUUCUGAUUAUGCGUGUCUCAGAAUGCUGCAAAUGCCAUUUCCGGGAUUCAAAUUGAAAAAUUUUCCGUGCCUUCGGCACGAGCCGCCCCUAAUAUUUCAUAAAGUGUCCACCACUUGCUUAAAAGGUCUUAAAACUGUUUAUUCUACCGAUAAAUAAUGGGUUUUUUAUAGACUGGGAUUUCAAUAACUGGGACUGGGAAUUCUAAUAAAAAUCCAACUGGGACUGGGAUUUUGCCAAAACUUCAGGUGGGAAAUGGGAUUGGGACCCCCUUUACGACCCUCUUAAAUGGAAAGCGCCCAAUAUUGAUUAGUCAUGUUGCAAUACUUGCGAGCAUUAUCAAAAGUCAUUUAGACCCCGUUCACACGAUACCGGCAUGGAAUUCUGCCGGCAGAAAAUCAUCACGGUUUCAACUGUUCACACGACACCGGCAGAUUAUAUUCCGCUUUGACAAUAUGCUGCACAAAUCAGUUAAAAUAGAA